GAAUGCGGGAAAAAGAUAUUUUUUCAUGUUUGCCCCAACCCAACUAUUUUUUUUUAGAAAAGGGCCUGUAACUUUUGAACCAAAAGAGAUAACGACCAUCUCAGGGCACGAAAAAACGCGUCUUUAAAUGCUCUACAAGUGUUUUGGGCGACUUUGAUGAAAAAUCGAAACUGAAAAAGUAAAAGCCAGAAAACCGGUUUUUCGCGGACCACCCUAAGUUUACUCAUAAAAAUACCUCUAGAUCAGUCAAUUUUAAAGCUACAUAAAAAGUGUAUUCAGUAAACUUGCUCAAAAUUGAUAGAUCUACAACUUUCCCGAAGAAUGUAUGCAAAUAAAAAAGUUUGGCUACCAAUUUCUUUGAAAAUAUGGACCAUCCUAAUUUUCAUGUAUAUUGAAAAGAGGGCCUUAUUAUUAGGAAUAACUUUGUAGAAGACCAUGUUAAUCUAGAAAAUCAUUUGAAGGCGCUAAAUGCAUCUUUCCUCAUAAAUCUGGUUCGUGGACCAUUGUGCAGUGGAGCGGACCUGGUAGAAUGGUUCUAGCGCAUGUCUAUCAUGCCAAGGAUCUGGGAUCGAAUCCCACUCCCAACAAACACACUAUAUGUGACUUCUUCCUUCGGAAGGGAAGUGAAGUCGUGGAUCUCGAGAUAAACUAGCCAAGCAAUAAACUCAUCUUUAAUUUAUUUAAUAAUCGCGAAAGGGACAUUCUUGCUGGAAUUCCUUACAGUUAAGCAAAAAUUCUUUUAAAGAACCCUUCGACAAUUAUUUUAGAAUGUAUUUUACUUCUUCAGCAUUUCUCCACGGUCACUUUUAGUGACCCCACUGAAAAUUAUUUUGGGGAUUCUCUCAGGAUUAAUCAAAAUUUCUCUUGAGUUUUCAAAAGAAGAAAAUUCUCGCAGGAUUUUUUAGAAUUUCAAAUUGAUUUCAGCAAGAAUUUCUUCAAAGAUCCCUCCAGGUAUCCCUAUGGAAUGCAUUCCUUGUAUUUUUUUUCCUAGGAUUGCUCUUGAGAUUCUUUUGGGAAAUCCUAAAGGAAUUUUCAUUGGGUCUUCAUGAACAAUUUCAAAAGAUUCAUUUUGAAUCAAGUCGACGGUUUCUUCAGAAAAUCGUAUGUACACAAAUUUCUUCUGGGAUUCCUUCCGGGAUACUUCAGUAAGUUAAUUCAAGGGUUCAAGGGUAAAGUUCGUACAUGUAUUCCAUCAUGUAUUUCUUCAACUAUUUCUGAAGGAUAUACUCCAGAAAUAUGAUCAAAAUUUCUUCCAAAAGUUUUUCUUUGGGAUUUCUCAUGGAAUGCUUCCCAAAAUUUUUCAAGAAAUUCUUCUGGAAAUUUCACCAGAGGGAUUUUUUUAAAAGAUGUAAAUCCUUUGAUUCGGAGAUUCUUUCAGAUAUUUGUUUAAAAAAUCCUCUAGGAUUUCGUGUUGAAUUUUUCUUUAGAAAUUACUGCAGAAGAUCUACAGAGAUUUACUCAGCAAUUGCUGUAGAAACUAGUCGAAAAUCUAUCCCUUGGCAUUUUUCAAUGACUGUUUUAAGAAAUACUCCUAUUAAUACCUACAGAGGGCGAUCCAGUAGUUCCUAAAGAAUUUCUAUAGGAUAUUCUUUUUUUUUCGAUUUUCAGAGUUUUCUUUUAAAAUUUAUUCAGAAAUUGAAUAAAAAUUCUUCCAAGUAUUUCUUCAUUAGGAUACCUGAAAAAAUUAUUGAAGAAUUGCUUCACGAAUAUUACCAACGGAUUUCUACAGGAAUCCUUCCAAAAAUUUCUCAAGCUAUUUUCCUUAAAUUCCAUCAAUAGUAUUACAUGAUUUUUUUUUCUAGGAAUUAGCGAGGUAUAUUAGGAAGUUUACAGAAAUCCCUCCAGAUAAAACUUUUAUCCAAGAGUCCCUUCAGAAAAUAUUUAGGAAUUUCUUCUGGGAGUUUCCAAGAGUUUCUGGAGGGAUUAUUCACUCAGUUUAUAUUUUAUUUAUUUAUAUUUUUUUAAAGCCCCGGAAAAAAACCUUGAAGAAUAUUUGUAAUAAUUCUUACAAGAAUCUGUGAGGAAAUUCCAGGAUAUAUUUCUGACGAAACCGCUGGACUUAGAAACUGGUCCGCUGGUUUAUUUUAAGAAAUUUCUGCAUAUGUUUCUGAAGAAGUUUCUCAACGAACUCUAGAAGGAACCUUUGGAAGAAUUAUCAACGGGAAUUCCGUAGGAUUGUAAAAAUGGAAGAACUUUUGGGGAAUUCCCUUGCUUCAAUUUCCAAAGAAUUCCCUAAAAUUCUGAAAUUGUCCCCGAGGAUAUUUUAGAAGGAAUCGCUGAAAGAAGAACUCUGGAAUGAAUCUCUUCAGCAAUCUCAAAAAAUCCCAAGGAAAUUCUUGAAGGGAUCCCAAGAGGAUAUUCUGACGUAUUUCCUAGAUAAAUACUAUAGAACCUCCUCGGAAACCCUUUGUGGAAUUGCUAGGACUUUUUAGGAAAAUUUCUGGAGAAAUCGUAUUAAGAAAUUCUUGAAGGAUUUCCUGGAAGCAUUACUGGGGCACUCUGUAGACGUAUUUCUGAAGAAAUUCCUGUAGGAACACUUUAAGAAGCGCCCAGAUACGCAUCUGACCUAUUAAAGCUCAUGAGAUAUUGCAAUCUUGCAUACAUUCCUAGCAAAUAUUUAUGAAUAAACUACGUAAGAAUCCAGUAAGAAAUUCAUAGGGUUAAGCUUAGUGGUAAUGUCCGAGAAAAUUAAUGGAGGAUUAUCUGAAGGAACUCCUGAAGGAAUCUCUGAAUGGACUCCAGUAGGAAUCUCAGAAGAAAAUUCGGCCUUGUGGAGCGGAUCUGGUGUGAUGGUUAGAACACUUGACUAUCACGCCGAGGACCUGGGAUCGAAUCCCACUCCCGACAAACUCGCAAAAUGUGAGUUCUUCCUUCGGAAGGGAAGUAAAGCGUGGGUCCCGGGAUGAACUUAGCCUAGGGCUAAAACUCUCGCUAAUACAGAUAAAAAAAAAAUUCGGCCUGAAUCACUGAAAGUAAUAAGGCAAAAACCCUGUAAGACUUUCUGUAGGAUUUUCUUGAUAAGUCCCUGAGAAAAUUCCUGGAUAUAUUCCUGUGGGAAUCUUCAAUGGAAUUACAAUUACUGAUACUGUGCUGGUGGUUCAUCGAUGAAAAACCAGCACAUCAAAUCGCGGCGAUUGAAACAAAUAAUAAUUACUGUUACAAAUCAAACAAUUACUCAACAAAUCUCUGAUGGGCUUCUGAAAAAAUAUUUGCUCGAAUUUUUAAGAAAUCUCUGGAUGAUUUUGUGCAAAAAAUACUGUAAAAAUUCAUGAUAGAAUCUUCAAGAGGUUUGCUGGAGAAAUCACUGUUGGAAAUUCUGAAGGAGUCUGUUAUUACCACUGGGCAGACAAAUCUACACCCCUGCGAAUGACGUUCGCAAAGAGAUGACAUCUGCCAAGUCAACGAAGGAGGAAUAAGAAGACGAAAACAAAAACGAGCUACACUGAAUUGUGCUAAUGCUACAAGUUUAUUUGCUGAACUAAAAAUUAAAGUUUUGUUAUAAUUACUAAAUUUGUUCUGAUUAAAAUUAAAAGGAGAAUCGGUAAGAAGAGUGAUAUUUGCAUAAAAUUGUGUAAACGAGUUGAAAUAAUAUUGAAUUUAUUAUGUAGCAUAUAACCAGAGGCAGUAUAUACGGGUCGAUGAUUUGCACGUUUCAGAAGCGGGCUAAAAAAAACUAAAAUUGUAUGACAAUCACUAACAUAACUAUAUAAAUAACAGAUUAAAAUAUACGAUAUUUUUCAGUUUGAGCUGUACAUCCCGAGCUGCUACGAAAAUUACGUUUUUUUGCUGAAUUUCCGAACAAUUUCUCAAAAAUUUUAAAUUAACCUCACUUUUGAGAUGGAGAAUACCUGCGGAAAGUGCAAUAAUCCCGACACCGAUGAGAUGGUUGCCUGCGAUUCCUGUGAGGUAUGGUUUCACCUGGAGUGCGUUGGAGAAACACCGGGAGUGGUGGAUCAGCAGUUUGUGUGCCCCAAGUGCAUAGGCAAGAAGGAGAAGAAAGGCAAGAAGGGAAAGGCUGAAGCCAACGCGCCCAAGUCCGAUAAAUCUCUACUGCCAAAACGUCCGACGUCAACCGAGUCCGGUGGCAAUGCUGAUCAGGUGCCAGCCAAUCCAGUGCUAGUGCCGGGGACUAGCGAGACGAGCGAAAUUGAGAGUCAGGUAGGAAACGCUAUCGAAACGACGUCUGUAAACAUCGGCGAAAGUCUAGCACCGUGCGGAGCAAACCUGCAGCCAACGGAAUCUUCAAUGCAGAGGGAACUCCGCCGUUUGGAAGAGAAAAUGCAGCAAAAAGAGAAGCAGAUGGAAGAAGAAAGGAUUCUCAGAGAGAAGCAACUGGAAUGGGAAGCGAAGCUGCAGCGGAAGCAGCUGGAACAGGAUAGAGCUUUGCGGCGGAAGAAGUUGGAUCAACAGCGCGAAAUAUAUCGCAUUCAGUUGCAGGAAGAAGCAGAAUUUCGACGCCAGGAAGAACAAUUAUUCGAAGAUUUUCGAGUGCAGAAGGACGCGAUGCAGUCCGGUGAAAAUGUGGAGAAAACUGCUAGACCGACUGGCCACAUGAACCGUGAAGAUUGUAGCCAGGUACGACAACCUGUUCCUGAGCUGCCAGAUACACCUAAAUGUGUCACCAAAUCGAUGAUGCCCGUGGUUAAGAAUCGAAAUGAAACCCACCAACAGCAUUGCUCAACCCAGGAAGGUUACGAGGAGCCCGAUUUCGAGUCCGAUGGCGAUGAUGGGACUGAUGAUGACCUGGAAUCUACAGUGUCUCGUAGGGCGGGGCCUUCUAGAUCCCAGAUGGCUGCCCGCCAAGUAUUAUCAAAAAAACUCCCGACUUUCAGUGGCAAAGUCGAAGAAUGGCCGCUAUUUUAUAGCAGCUACGUAAAUUCCACGGAAGCAUGCGGUUUCACAGAAGUGGAAAAUCUCGUUAGGCUCCAAGAAUGCCUAAAAGGCUCUGCGUUGGAGUCGGUGCGAAGCCGACUCUUGCUGCCGAAAGCCGUCCCGCAGGUGAUCGCUACGUUGCGCAUGCUCUAUGGGCGUCCAGAACAGCUCAUUCAUACCUUGCUUGGCAAGGUAAGAAAAACAGACCCGCCUAGGGCAGAUCGUCUGGAGUCGUUUAUUCCGUUUGGGAUGGCUGUACAAGAGCUAUGUGAUCACUUGGAAGCGGCGGAAUUACAUGAUCAUCUGGUGAAUCCUGUAUUAAUACAAGAACUGGUCGAUAAGUUGCCAGCUGCAACGAAGCGAGAAUGGGUACAUUAUAAGCGCACAGCCUUAAAUGUCACGUUGCGCACCUUUGCUGAGUUCGCAUCCUCGAUUGUGUCGGAAGCAAGCGAGGUGACGCUUACGGUGGAUCUUCGAUCAACGAAUAAACCGGAGAAGCUAAGGAUGAAAGACAAAGGGUUCAUUCAGGCGCAUACUGAAGAAUCGAACACUGCUUCUCCGCCGAUAAGUCCAUGUCGUAUAUGCAAAACCGCAGGUCAUCGCAUAAGGAACUGUGAUGAAUUUCGUCGAUUGAAUAUUAGCGAAAGGGUGAAGUUGAUGGAACGCUGGAAAUUGUGCGAAAGGUGUUUGAAUGAGCACACAGGAUGGUGUCGUUUUAAAAUCACUUGCAAUGUCGGAAGUUGCAGACAACCCCAUCAUCCUCUGGUACAUCGUGUUGCUGCUACAACCUCCCAAGCUUGCCAAGGACAAUUGCAUACGCAUCUCGACGGAAAAUUACCAGUGAUCUUCAGAAUUGUCCCAAUCACGCUUUACGGUGGACAGAAGUCGUAUUCUACGUUCGCCUACCUUGACGAAGGCUCCGACAUGACCCUCGUUGAAGGAAGUUUAGUUCGUGAUUUAGGAAUCCGUGGAAUUCUUCAGCCCUUGACGUUGCAAUGGACAGGUAAUGUAAAACGUCGGGAAUCAGCUUCGGAACGCGUAGCGCUUGAGGUAGCCAGUGACAACGGAAAUCGUUUGAAACUAAAGGAGGCUCAUACAGUUAAAAGGCUGUACUUACCAAGGCAGCGGGUUGAUUUUCAACAAAUCUCAAGCCAAUAUCCGCACCUUCGAGGAUUGAAUGUUUCGAAUCAAACGGGAGAAGAAUCAAAAAUUUUGAUCGGACUCAAUAACGCCUACUUGCUAGCCCCGUUGGAAUCCAGGGUUGGAAAUGCCAACGAACCAAUCGCCGUUCGUUCACACUUGGGCUGGUCAAUAUACGGUCCGAGAGAAGCAACGAUAGCUACGGGCUUCCUCGGAACGCACAAAGGGUAUACAAAUCAACAGUUGCACGAGAUGAUACGAGGAUAUUUUCUGGACGAAGAACCGAGAUCAACAGUAGCAUCGCUUCCAGAGACCGCCGAAGAUCGUAGGGCUCGUGAGCUGUUGGAAUCGACUACAACGAAGGUCGGGGGUCGGUAUCAAACUGGUCUACUGUGGAAAGCUGAUGAAGUGAACUUGCCGGACAGUUAUGGUAUGGCAUUCCGGCGUCUUCAGGGACUGGAGCGUCGACUCCUGAAGAAUCCGGAGCUCGGCGAACAAGUGGUGCAGAAAAUAGAAGAAUAUCAAUCAAAAUGUUACGCACACAAGGCAACUCCAGGGGAAUUGUCAACGGCAACGCCUGGAAAAGUGUGGUAUUUGCCCCUCAAUGUGGUAAUAAAUCCCAAGAAGCCGGGCAAAAUACGAUUGGUUUUCGAUGCAGCGGCCCAGGUGAACGGUGUUUCUUUAAAUUCAAUGUUGCUCGUCGGUCCCGAUCUUCUGGCACCCCUUGAUGCUGUGGUGCAAAAGUUCCGUGAGAGACCGAUUGCCUUUGGGGCUGAUAUAAGGGAAAUGUAUCACCAAUUCCUGAUGAAGCCGGAAGACAAGCAUGUGCUACGAUUCCUCUUUCGGACGAGCCCUUCAAACGAGCCAGACAUCUUUAUGAUGGAUGUGGCCAUUUUCGGUUCUGCGUGCUCGCCAGCUUCAGCGCAAUACAUUAAAAACCUUAAUGCCUCUCAUUAUGCUGACCGAUUUCCAGAGGCUUCAAAUGCUAUCGUUCACAAACAUUAUGUUGACGACUAUAUGGAUUGCGCUGAUACUAAUGAUGAAGCGAUCGAGCGUGCUCAACAGGUCCGAUACAUCCACAGUCAUGCUGGCUUAGAAAUCCGCAACUGGGUUUCAAACUCACCGGAAUUCCUCGAAGCUAUGGGCGAACGGGUUAAAAAUGACGAAGUUUCGCUUGCUGUCGGCAAGGAAGGAGCGUGCGAACGCGUACUAGGAAUAAUUUGGCGCCCUUCUGAUGACGUCAUCACAUUUUCUACACAAAUGCGCGAUGACCUAAUGGUGUACAUGACCUCCGACAUCCGACCCACCAAGCGAAUCAUUCUUAGCUGUAUUAUGAGUUUGUUCGACCCGCUAGGGCUUUUGGCUCCCUUCACGGUCCAUGGGAAGGGCCUUCUUCAAGAUACAUGGCGCUCCGGUUGUGACUGGGACGAGUUAGUGAACGACGACUGCUACACGAAGUGGACUCGAUUGCGCGCUGUGUUUCCUAUGAUCAACCAAAUCGAAAUUCCUAGAUGUUAUCUCCGCGGCGCGCCGCCGUCAGCGUACGGCACACUAGAAGCUCAUGUUUUCAUGGAUGCCAGUCAAGAAUACUACAGCUGUGCAGUCUAUUUCCGCUUUACUCACGAAGGAGUUUCGAAGUGUGCGCUUGUCUCGGCCAAAACAAAAGUUGGUCCGUUAAGACCGCUGUCCAUUCCGCGCAUGGAACUACUAGCUGCGACGCUUGGUGUACGUUUGUUGGACACAGUGCUGGCGAAUCACGAUGUGAAGGUGUCAAGGCGUUUCUUAUGGACGGACUCGUCAACAGUUCUUCACUGGAUAGCAGCAGAUCCCAGGAAAUAUAAACCGUUCGUGGCUUAUCGAGUCACUGAAAUUUUGCAAAGUUCCAGAUUAGAUGAGUGGCAUUACGUACGCAGCAAGUUGAAUAUCGCGGACAUUCUGACCAAAUGGAAAAAUGAAGCUUUCUUCAAGGGUAACAGUACGUGGUUUUGUGGACCGGAAUUUCUAGAACAAUCGGAAGAAAAUUGGCCUAAGCACAAUCGUCCACCGGUGAAUCGUAUCCAGGAGCUGCGAGCUAGUCAUAUGUUCCACAGCACACCGGAAAUAGUUCCACUAAUCGAUGCUACUCGAAUGUCCAAGUGGAAUAUCCUGCUACGCACAAUGUGUUGUGUAUUACGUUUCAUCUCCAAUUGCCGAAAAAGGAUGCAGCGGAUGCCGAUAGAGACGUUAGUGAUUCCGAAGCUUGCACCGAUUGUACGACGAUCGAUUUGUUCUAUUGACACGCCACUGAAACAAGAGGAAUAUGAAACGGCCGAGCAUGUUCUGUGGAAGCAGGCACAAUGGGAGUGCUAUAAGGAUGAAGUUGCUACGUUGCUGAGGAAUCAAAAACUACUACGCGAAGAUUGGCUGCAAAUUCCGAAGUCCAGUAAGCUGUAUAAGAAGAGUCCGUUUUUGGACGAGUUCGGUGUGCUCCGCAUGGAAGGUCGAAUUGGAGUAGCCGAAUUCGUUCCUUUCGAUACCAAGUUCCCCAUCCUUCUACCGAGGGAACAUAUUAUCAGUUACCGCCUCAUCGAAUUCUACCAUCAGCGUUACGGGCACGCCAACAAGGACACGGUGUACAAUGAGCUCCGUCAGCGGUUCUCCAUUCCAAACCUAAGGGCUGAUGUGGCAUUCGUAAUGAAGAAUUGUCAGUGGUGCAAGGUGCGCAAGACUCAGCCGCAAACUCCACGCAUGGCUCCUUUACCCGUUGAACGUCUUACUCCCUUUACCAAGCCGUUUAGCUAUGUGGGAAUUGAUUAUUUCGGCCCGAUAGAUGUCACCGUUGGUCGACGAACGGAAAAAAGGUGGGUAGUCCUAUUUACCUGCCUGAAUAUUCGGGCUAUACAUCUGGAGGUCGCAUAUCGUUUGAACACCGAAUCCUGCAUUAUGGCUAUACGUCGUUUUGUAGUUCGGAGAGGGCCACCAAUUGCGAUAUUUUCCGAUAAUGGUACCAAUUUCAAAGCCGCCAAUAAAGAGCUCCAAAAACAGAUCCAGUGUAUCGACUCGGAGUGUGCUAAUGUCUUCACUAAUGCAAGAACGCGUUGGAGCUUCAACCCCCCAUCAGCACCGCACAUGGGGGGUAUAUGGGAGCGCAUGGUGCGCUCGGUCAAAGAAAUGAUGUCAGCGCUCAACGAAGGUCAGCGAUUGACCGAUGAAAUUCUUCUGACGGUUAUCGCUGAAGCAGAGGAGAUAGUUAAUUCAAGGCCCUUGGUCUACCAGUCCCAAGACGAAGAAGCAGGUGAAGCAAUAACACCAAACCAUUUCGUUCGUGGCUCCUCAUCUGGUUUAAAGGAUUCAUCAAUUGCACCAGCUAACGCAGCGGAAGCGUUGCGUAAUAUGUACCACCGAUCGCAGAUCAUAAGCGAUGAACUAUGGAAGCGUUGGUUAACGGAGUAUUUACCAUCUAUAAAUGCUCGAUCCAAAUGGUUAGAGGAAUCAAAAUCAUUAGUUCCUGGAGAUCUAGUCUUUGUGGUGGACGACCACGGACGCAACGGAUGGAUUCGCGCGAAGGUUGAAGAAGUUAUCCACGGAAGAGAUGGCCGCGUAAGACGGGCGAAGGUGCGUACCUCAAAUGGAGUAUUUCUGAGACCAGUGAGCAAGCUGGCAUUAAUCGAGGUGAGAGCAUCUGGUAAAUCUUGCCAAGAAACAGGUCCAGGACAAGGUUUACGGGCCGGGGAAUUGUUAUUACCACUGGGCAGACAAAUCUACACCCUUGCGAAUGACGUUCGCAAAGAGAUGACAUCUGCCAAGUCAACGAAGGAGGAAUAAGAAGACGAAAACAAAAACGAGCUACACUGAAUUGUGCUAAUGCUACAAGUUUAUUUGCUGAACUAAAAAUUAAAGUUUUGUUAUAAUUACUAAAUUUGUUCUGAUUAAAAUUAAAAGGAGAAUCGCAUAGAACCAGAGGCAGUAUAUACGGGUCGAUGAUUUGCACGUUUCAGAAGCGGGCUAAAAAAAACUAAAAUUGUAUGACAAUCACUAACAUAACUAUAUAAAUAACAGAUUAAAAUAUACGAUAUUUUUCAGUUUGAGCUGUACAUCCCGAGCUGCUACGAAAAUUACGUUUUUUUGC